ACAGCACAGCGCGCCCAGCGGCCCGACGCCCAGCGCGGGUGCCUGCUAGCCAGCUAGCCAUGCGCACGGUCGGCAGCACGGACCUGCAGCAGCCCUCUGCGGGCAUGGCGGACACCGCGGAGUCGCAGAAGGUGGUCAUCGUGGGCGGCGGCCUGGUCGGUUCCCUGGCUGCCUGCAUGUUUUCCCAGCGCGGCUACCGAGUGGACCUGUUCGAGUACCGGAACGAUCCGCGCCUCAGCGCCGUGUCCCAGGGCCGCUCCAUCAACCUGGCCAUGUCGCGGCGGGCCCGCGCCGCCCUCGGCCUCGUGGGGCUGGAGGGGGAGCUCCUGCGCCACGGCAUCGCCAUGAAGGCCCGGAUGAUCCACGACCUGGAGGGCGGCACCAGGGAGAUCCCCUACGAUGCGCGCACCAACCAAUGCAUCUACUCUGUGGGGCGCAAGUUCCUCAACGACGUCCUGCUCUCGGCUGCUGAGAAGCGGUCCAACGUCCGCCUGCUUUUCGGCCACAAGAUGACGGGGGGCAGUCUGGACGAGGGCCGCGUUGAAUUUGAAAGAACCGAGGGUGGGACCGGCGGCCCCAAGGCCAAGGUCAAGGCCGUCGAGGCCGUGGGGGACCUGGUGGUGGGCUGCGACGGCGCCUUCUCGUCCCUGCGCCGCCUCUUCAUGAAGAAGCCCAUGUUCAACUUCAGCCAGACCUACAUAGAGCACGGCUACAUGGAGCUUCGGAUUCCUCCGACCGCCGACGGGGAGUUCGCCAUGCCGCCCAACUUCCUGCACAUCUGGCCGCGCGGGGAGUUCAUGAUGAUCGCGCUGCCGAACCAGGACCGCUCGUGGACCGUGACGCUCUUCAUGCCGUUCGCGCAGUUCGAGGCCAUCACGACGGAGGCCGAACUCCUCGCCUUCUUCGGCCAGCACUUCGCCGACGCGGUGCCGCUGCUGGGUGAGGACGCCCUCGUCGGGGACUUCUUCCGCUCGAAGCCGCAGCCCCUCGUGUCCGUCAAGUGCCGGCCGUACCACGCGGGCCGGGCCCUGCUGCUGGGCGACGCGGCGCACGCCAUGGUGCCGUUCUACGGUCAGGGCAUGAAUGCGGGCUUCGAGGACGUACGGCUGCUGUCCGGGCUCCUGGACGGCCUGGGCGGCUCGCCCGCCGGGCUGGCCGACGUGCUGCGGAGGUUCUCGGAGCACCGCAACGCCGACGCGGAGGCCAUCUGCGACCUGGCUAUGUACAACUACGUCGAGAUGCGCGACUUGGUGAACCGGCCGUCCUUCCUGCUGCGGAAGGCGCUGGACAACGCCCUGUACGCCGUGCUGCCCGACGUGUGGGUGCCCCUGUACAACUCCGUCACCUUCUCCGACAUGCGCUACUCGGAGUGCGUGCGCAACAGGGUGUGGCAGGACCAGGUGAUUCGCGGUGUGCUGGUGGCGCUUCUGGCCUGCGCCGCCCUCCUGGGCCUCGUCGCCUUCGUCAAGGCCUGAGGAACUAGCCCGAGGUGCGAGGCACGGGCCACCCGAGGAGAGAAGACCAAGAAGGCCCGCCUGAAGACACCCCGCCCCGCCCCGCUCGAACAUCAAAUGCUAAUGUUGUUUUUAGUUUUGCUCUGGGAGCGAAAGAUUAUUGCAUGCCGUUUACUACUGUUAAACACCAUCCCAGAGAAAAACGCUGAUGACGUUUGGUUUUGUGGUGAGAAACUCACUCAGGAAUAGCAACUAGGUUCAUGAAUAUUGUGUGCAUGAACUGCACUUUGUAACUUCUAAACAACGCAUUCCAAAAUGAAACAAAAAGAAAUAUAUGGAAAAUAAAUUUUAUUAACUA